GCAUCCACCUCUCGCAUCUUUUGAUUGCGGCGUGUCCUGCGCAUGCUGCUUACCGUUACACUCACACCCCCAUGCAAGGUCACGCACCAGUACGGUGUAGCAGAACUCACCACGGCCUUAUCAAUGCACAUCCUCAUCUUGCAGCACUGUUCCCCCGUCCGCAUGGGGAUGGCCUCCUACUAUGCACGUUAUGCGCACCUGGCCCGGCAAAAGCGCAUCCUCAGGCAUGUUGCUAACUGCCUUCCUCGGCAGCUCGCUUGUUGGCCGAUCUUAUGCAGGAACACGCCAGGCCAUGUUUCACCAGUCAUGGAUCACCAUCCACAUGUCAAGGACGUCCACAUCGUUGUUUCAACCCUCCUAUUUUCCGCAUAUUGCAGUGCUUGAAUCGAAUCAAGCUUUCGCUCUGUGGAGAUGUUUUAUCGAUAUCAUCGCUCAACAAGUGCUUUUGCUGUGGAGUGACGUCCGCGAACCCAGACGGCGGAUCUUCGAAAAUCUAGAAGUAUCGUUAGCUGGCGUCUUUGUUCGGUUCGGUCGGUGCGCUGCAUGCCCAGGACCUGCGGCGGCGCGGCAAUAACGCCUGUGUUCAGACCCACGGCACUCCGAGUAAGAUGCGAGGAUGGGUCCUCUCCACAGGCGAGUGUUAGAUCCGCCACGAGGACGCCGAGAGUAAGCGGCUGAAGGCAACGCGCAACUCAAUCCACUCCAUCUUUAUGACAUCGUUUCCCUUGUUCAAUUC